GAAACACAGCCAUGACUACAAACAAUACAUCAACAGGAUUUCUUUCCAAUUGUUCACAGGCCAGAACUACAACAUGUGGGCCGUCAAAAUGAAGGCAUUCCCAAAAGGCAAUGGUGUGUCGGACUCAGUAGAAAAUGGCUUUAAUCCUCCCGGGCUACCAAACAACCCAACUGUAGCACAGUUGAAGCAACAUGCAGAAUAUGUUCAAAACUCCUACAGAGCCCUUACGUACAUCCAUAGUGGAAUAGUAGACACAAUCUUUUUGAGAAUCAUGAGGGCAGAAACAGCAAAAAGUGCUUGGGAUACUCUUCAAAAGGACUUUGAAGGUGACAACAGAGUGAAAGAUAACAACUUGCUUACACUAAAAAGGCAGUUUGAAAUGUUAACCAUGAAAGAGAGAAAGGCAGUCCAUCAGUACUCAACCAAGCUGAUAGACAUCGUCAACCAAAUCAGAUUUCAAAGUGAAGAUUUUCCAGAUAAAAGAGUUAUUGAUAAGAUAAUGGUCAGUGUACCAGACAAGUUGGAAUCAAAGAUCUCAGCAAUAGAAGAGUCUAAUGACUUGAAUCAGCUUACCAUUAAUGAGCUCAUUAGCAAGCUAAAAGCUCAUGGGAGAAGGCUGUCUAUUCAAGGUGAUGAAGUUCCUGAAGAAGCCCUUCAAGCAAAGGAAAAAGGGAAGCAAGCAGUAGAGACACCAGACUCUGCAGAAUAUGAAAAUGAAAAGAUGUUAGAUAGCUCAAGUCAACAAAGCUAUCAACCUUUCCAAGCAAGAAGAGGGAGAUUUCCUCCUUGUAAACACUGCCAAAAAACCAACCAUGAAGAAAGGAGAUGUUGGUUUAAAAAAAAAUCUCAAAUCCAGUGCAGAUUUUGCAAGAAAUAUGGCCAUAUGGAGAGAGAUUGCAGAGCUAAACAAGCUCAGCAAACUCAACGAACACAACAGCCUCAGUACAGACCAAAGCAACAGCAGAAAGCAAAUUAUGUUGAUGAACAUGCACAACAAGAUUACUUGUUUGUAGCCUUCUCAAGCAGCUCUUCAACUUCUACCAGUUCUUGGUGUAUUGACAGUGGUUGUACAAGCCACAUGGCUCAAGAUGAAAGUAUUUUCUUGGACCUGGACAAAUCAGUGAAAACAAGUCUCAGGCUUGGAAACGGCACUGUGGUUUUCUCACAAGGAAAGGGAACAGCAGCAAUCCCAACAAGUUCAGAUAUUUGUGGUCCCAUGAAAGUUCCUUCUUUAGGCCAAAACAAGUAUUUCAUUAUGUUCAUUGAUGAUUUCACUAGAAUGACUUGGGUCAAAGCUCAAGUGUUCUCAGUAUUCAAGAAGUUCAAGGCCUUGGUUGAAAACCAAAGUGGAUGCAGAAUUAAAAAGCUCAGAUCAGACAAUGGUAAAGAAUAUACCUUUUCUGAGUUCAAUAAUUUUUGUGAAGAGGCCAGCAUCCAACACCAACUUACAGUCAGCUACACUCCAGAGCAGAAUGGAGUUUCUGAGAGCAAGAAUAGGACAGUUAUGGAAAUGGCCAGGUGCAUGAUGUUAGAGAAGAAGCUACCCCAGUCUGUUUGGGCUGAAGCUGUGUAUACAGCAGUAUAUCUGCUAAAUGGUGUUUCCACUAAAGCUGUCAAAGAUAAAACACCAAUUGAAGCUUGGUAUGGCAUGAAGCCUUCUGCAAAUCAUUUAAGUGUUUUUGGUUCAACCAAGAAGGUCAAUGUUUGUAGAGAUGUGACUUUUGAUGAAGGAGCCUUUUGGUAUUGGGAAGCAGAAAAAGUUGAAAGAACAGAUGACGUGCGGAAAAACUCAGAAAAUUUAGCAAGCUCCAACAAGCCAUCAAAUACAGAAAUUGCUGAAGUCGAUGAUGACUCACCAAUUUUGAAGACAAAGUCCUCAUCUAAAGGGGAGAUAGCUGUGAUAGAGAAGAACGAAACCUGGUACCUCACAAAAAGGCCUCAAGACAAAAAUAUUAUUGGGGUGGUAACGAGCCAGCUUUUGCACAAUUUUAAGGCUGAAAUGAUGAAGGAGUUGAAAUCCAAACAAGUUUUCACGUACCUAAAAGGAACUUUUGAUUAUGGAAUCUGGUAUGAAAUGGGUUGCAAAGGAAAGCUUGAAGGUUAUGUUGAUACUGAUUGGGCUGGUUGUGAAGAUCAUAUGGAGAGCACAACUGGUUAUGUCUUUUCUUUUGGUUCUGGAGCAUUUUCUUGGAUUUCAAAGAAGCAGAAUGUGGUAGCACAAUCCAUGGCUGAAGCAGAAUAUGUUGCAGCAUCUGCAAAUCAGGCUGUAUGGUUGGGGAAAAUGCUGGUCGAUUUGGGUUUUGAUCAAGAUGAAGCUUGUGUUUUGAAGAUUGAUAAUAUGUCAGCAAUUUCGAUAGCUCAAAAUCCAAUUCAACAUGGAAGAACAAAAGCACAUCAAGGUUUGUUGAGUUCGCUUCACACUACGUCAGGUGGUAUUGGAGCGGGAACGCAUAAUCUUGGUAUCAUGGCUGAUGGGAGGCCGGAGGUAGCAAGGGAUGCUGACCGAGAUGUUGCUCGAGAGCGCCUUGUUGAUCAACACCAUCCUAUUAAUUGGAGGUUACAUGCUUAUGAUGAUUCAAGUGAUGAUGAUGUUGAUGUAGCCCAACAGGUGGUGAACCGUGGGAACCCAAGAAACAUCAGGGAACGUGGACGAGGUUAUGUCGGAGGGUUCGGAGGUGGCUACGGAGCAGGACAUCAAGAGAAUUACUAUGAACCAGAAGACUUUCGUCUAAAAGUCGACCUUCCUACUUUCGAUGGUUCUCUUGAUAUUGAGGGGUUUUUAGACUGCUUAUCAGAAGCAACGACAAAGGAGCAUUGGGGAAAAGGGUUUGAAUUUUAUCAAAAAGGUUAUAGCGCUUCUAGCUUAAAGUUCGAAGAUGACCUCACCCACCCUACACAAAGUAAACCAGCAAUAGACAAGCCAGCAGUGAAGAACACAAGCAAGAAAGCAAUGGAAGAGGCUGAAGCUUAUAAGAAGGUGGCUUUGAUUGAGCAAGGAGAUGAUGUUAAUGAAGUUCUUUGUGACCCAAAUGAUGAUGGAGACUAUGAGGAAGAUGAACACGAGCAAACUUAUGUGGUGAGGAGGACCAUGUUGUCACCAAAGACAGUGGGAGUCGAGAAUAUAAUUGGAAGGGAAGCCAUUGAAAAGUUGCAACUAGAAGUCGAGAAGCACCCAAGUCCCUAUACAAUUGGAUGGAUCAAGUCUGGAGAUGAAAUAAAGCACUCCGGAAGGAACAACGUUUAUUGUUUAGUCAAGGAAGGGGUACACUACACUUUGCUGCCUUUGUCAAGGAAAUCAAAAGCAAAAUCUACACCACCAAACGCAAACAAAACAUUCUUGACAGUGGUUAAUUCAGGGAAAGGAUUUUUGGAGUGCAAAGAGGCCAAUGAGGUUCAUUUUUUGCUGGUGAAAGAGUUACCGAACCAAGCUGAGAAAAGAGAGCUUCCUGAGGAGGUAAAAGUCAUCCUAAGAGAGUUUCCAGAUUUAAUUUCAGAUGAAUUACCUGUUGAGUUGCCACCAAUGAGGGAUAUACAGCAUCAUAUAGACCUCAUGCUGGGAGCUAGUUUGCCAAAUUUACCCCAUUACCGAAUGAGUCCAAAAGAGAAUGAUAUUUUGCGAGAGAAGGUUGAAGAGUUACUAGAGAAAGGUAUGAUCAGAGAGAGUAUGAGCCCUUGUGUUGUACCUGCAUUGCUCACACCAAAGAAAGAUGGAAGGAAGUUUAGGUGGGGAGACGAAGAAGAAAGAAGCUUUAUGUUGCUUAAAGAGAAGCUCUGCACAGCACCAGUCUUGGCUUCACCGAACUUUGGAAAGCUAUUUGAAGUGGAGUGGGCAUUGGAGCAGUACUUUCCCAAGAGAAGAGGCCUCUCUUCAAUGUCUCUCUCCAUUUCUUUGAGAAAUAACCGAACAUGGUAUCAGAGCCAUGAGUUCUUGAGGGACUCUUCACCGCAAAGACCCCCUAUUUUUGCUGGCCAAGACUACACAGUUUGGGCAGUGAAGAUGAAAGCAUAUCUAAGGGCUUUCGAACUUUGGGAAGUGGUUGAGACAGAUCGUCAACCAGCUUCUCUUCCUCCAAAUGCUACUCUUGCUCAAAUCAAGAGACACUCAGAGGAGGUGGCAAAGAGAUACAAAGCCUUGACCGGCCUUCACUCAGCAGCAAGACAAAUGGAGGUUCUCAAUCUGAAAAGAGAGUUCGUGCUCAUUAGAAUGAAGGAUACAGAGACGGUGAAGUUCUCCGACCAACUGACGAAGGUGGUGAACAAGAUAAGAUUGCAAGGGGAAGAACUGUCUGAUAAGGCAGUAGUUGAGAAGGUUUUGGUGAGUUUAUCGGAGAAAUUUGAGCACAAGAUCUCAUCCUUGGAGGAUUCCAAAGAUCUAUCUCAAUUGUCCUUGAAUGAAUUAGUCAAUGCUUUGCAAGCCGUGGAGCAAAGAAAGGCUUUGAGGCUUGAAAACAAUGUUGAAGGAACAUAUUUGGCAACUGAAAGAGAUAAAGUAGUAGCCAAAGAUGAUGAAAACAAGCAGCUCGGUGAUCAAAGAAACCAAGAAAAGGAAGGGUAUCAAAACAACAAAAAGGAGAGCUAUGCAUCUUGCUCUCAUUGCAAAAAGAAAGGCCAUUCCGAGAAAUAUUGUUGGUUUAGGCCUGGAGUUCAAUGUAGAAAGUGCAAGCAGUUUGGACAUGUUGAAAGGGUCUGCAAAGAAGGUUCAGAUCGGGUUCAGCAAGCAACAAUUGCAGAAAUUGUUGAAGAGGAAGAGCAUCUAUUUAUGGCUACAAAGACUAGAGAUUGCAGUGCAGCCAUCUUAAGCAGUGACUCUUGGUUGAUUGAUAGUGGUUGUACAAACCACAUGACCCCAAAUGCAGCCAUAUUCAAAAGUCUUGACAGAAAAUACAAUUCAAAAGUCAGACUGGGAAAUAGAGAAUUGAUGGAGGUCAAAGGCAAGGGAGUAGCUGCUGUUGAGACACAAACAGGUAUCAAAUACAUUCAUGAUAUACUGUUUGUGCCUAAUAUUAACUAUAGCUUGAUAAGUGUGGGUCAAUUGAUUGAACAUGGUUAUGUCCUUCAUUUUCAUGACAAAAUAUGUGAAGUAGAAGAUGAAUCUGGUUCAAAAAUGUUUACUGUUAGAAUGAAUGAAAGGAGUUUUCCCAUUCAAUGGAAACAAAUUGAAAUUAGUCCAAAGGCUAGUGUUGUUGAUGUGAGCAAAAGCGAGGAAUUUGAUGAAAGUGCAACUUGGAACUGGGAAAGCUCAAAAAUUGUUGCUGCAGAUCAGGUUCCUCUAGCAAAUGAUGAACCAAUAUUUGAUUUUGGGAAUGAUGAAUUUGAGCAGGAGAAUGAUGAUGAAUCUGAUGAUGUUUUUGCUAUUAGAGGGACCAGAACACAAGCUGACAUCUAUGAAAGGUGUAACAUGGUCAUUAAAGAACUUGCAAAUUAUUUAGGAGCUACAAGAUCGAAGGUCGGGAGAAUUACAAUGCAGGAGGAGUUUGCUAUGAAGAGUUGCAAAGUUGUUAAUAAUUCACUGGUUCCAGGAGAAAAAUUCAAAAAUGAAGUUCAAUUAGUUUAUUGCAAUUCAGAGGGGCAGAUAGCUGACAUUUUUACAAAGGGUUUGCAAAAAUCCAGGUUUGAGCUAUUAAGAGAACAACUUGGAAUGUGCAGCCUUGAUGUCAAGGAGGAGUGAUGGAAGUUAUGUGAAGCAGCUUAAGUGGCAGUAGCAGUAUAUCAGUGCCAUCAAGCUGCCCAAGUUCAGUUUGGUUAAACUGAAACUAACCAAACUGUUUUGUGUCCUUUUCUAGUCAUAUUUCUAGUUGGAGCCAUGUGAUGAUGUGUAUUAUUUUAAUGAUAAAAUAUUGUUGUAAAA